GCAAACCUUCCUUACCUACAUAUGUAACCUAGCAAAUGGCAAGUUGCCCCACCCCUCUGGAACCCCACCAAAGGCGAAAUAUUGACAGAAAUUCAACCACGGUGAGAAUUUGUGUGGCUGCAUCGCGAUAUCCGCCGACCACGAACCCGACAACACACCUGAGAAUAUCAUUUUCGAGGCUCGAUCAGUACCCUCGAAACCCGUACUCCCACAUCGAUUCAUCAUGGCGCCGGCUUCUUUGGCCGACCUCAUUGCGGCCCUGCCCGCUGAGGAUGGAUGGGGUCCGCCCACCACCAGCGAGACGACCUUGAAUGGCGUGCCCUAUGCGCCCUUCUCCAAGGGCGACAAGCUGGGUCGCAUGGCAGAUUGGACUGCCGACAGCAAGAGCGAGCGUGGUGGUAGACAACAGUACAACCGCAACUACAGAGACCAACAGAUCUACGGAGCCGGAAGCGCACCAGUCUUUGCUGCACCGGUCGCCGAGGCAGACGAGGCAUCAUUCUCCAUCGUCAGCAGAGAACCGGUCAAGACCCGAUACGGUGGACGUGGCGCUAUCUUCACCCGAGGCGGCCGCGGCCAGCGUGGUGGCGCACAGCAAGCCCGAGGGGGGAGAGCAACCCUCACGAGGGGCGGGCGGGGUGGUCAGGCCAACUACCGCGACGGCGGCAACUACGACAGCCGUGGUAACCGACAAAACGCCAGAGGCGGCCGUCGAUUCGGCUGGAAGGACUACGACAAGCCCCAGCGGAACCGUGAUGCAAGUAUCAACGUUAAGGCCGAUUGGAAACUGCUCGAGGAGAUCGACUUCAACAGACUGGCCAAGCUCAACCUGGACACUGAUGAGGGUGAGGAUAUUGACAGCUACGGUUUCCUCUACUACUACGACCGCACUUUCGACAAGACCACUGCCAAGUCUGGCGAGAAGAGACUCACUGCUCUCGACCGUGCUACAUACAAUGUUACCACCUCGUCGGAUCCUGUCAUCCAGGAGUUGGCCGAGAAGGAUGAGGCAACCAUCUUUGCCACCGACAGCAUUCUGUCCAUGCUCAUGUGCGCUCCUCGAUCCGUCUACCCCUGGGAUAUCGUAAUUGUGCGACAAGGCAACAAGAUCUUCCUGGACAAGCGUGACAACGCCGCGCUUGACAUGGUCACAGUCAACGAGAACGCUGCUGAUGCGCCGCACGAGGCCACCGACGGCAACAAGGAGGGCAUCAACCAACCUGGCGCUCUGGCUGAGGAGGCUACCUACAUCAACCACAACUUUGCCAACCAGGUUGUCCAGGAGAGCAGCUCCCAGAAGGUCGACAUGCCCAAUGCCAACCCCUUCUACAACUCGGCUGAGGAGACCGAGCCGCCGGCCAGCAAGGCCUACAAGUACAGGAGAUUCGAUCUGUCCCUCAACGAUGAGGAGCCCAUGUACUUGGUCGUACGAACGGAGAUUGACGCCGUUCAGAAGAACGCCAUCAGCGGAGACGACCAGCUCGUGACCGUCAAGGCUCUCAACGAGUUCGACAACAAGGCACAGGGUAGUGGAGGUGCUUUGGACUGGAGGUCCAAGCUGGUCACCCAGCGUGGUGCUGUUGUGGCCACCGAGAUGAAGAACAACAGCGUCAAACUUGCUCGAUGGACUGUGCAAAGUAUCCUGGCCAAGGCCGAUGUCAUGAAGGUUGGAUUCGUUUCUCGUGCUAACCCCAAGACAAACGACAAGCACGUCAUUCUGGGUGUUGUUGGCUGGAAGCCUCGUGAUUUCGCCAACCAGAUGAACUUGUCCUUGUCGAACGGUUGGGGUAUCGUCCGCACGAUUGUGGAUAUGUGCAUGAAGCGUGAGGAGGGCAAGUUCGUCCUCGUCAAGGACCCCAACAAGUCUAUCCUACGGCUGUACGAGGUUCCUGCUGGCAGCUUCGACGACGAUGACGAUGAGGAGCCUUUUGUCGAAGAGGUCAAGGAUGACGAAUAAGUUGUUUCGUGGAAAGCAACAAGGCAGUGGCACAAAGCGUUGAAACUGCUUUGGGCAGUUCGACUGUAAAUCUAUGCUACAGGUUCAUGAUGAAAAGUAAUGACAUGGUGAUCAAUAGAGAAAAUAUGACUUUAGAAGCCAGCCACUCAUCUGUAUCUCGUCAGCGAAGACUGGGCAGCCCCGAAUUUUGUAUUCUACAUUCUGCCGUGACGUCGACUUGGCGAGUACUUUAUGUUGGAUCGAUCAGUUGCCGUUGAAAAAACACCGUUCAACGACGUCCAUAGAAUCAU